AGGAGCUGGGAGGGGAUGGACCCUGCCGGUCACGCCCCAGGGACCGGCUCUUCCCGCCAGGCCCUGCCUCUCGGCCCCAGGCCUGACGACUCUCAGCGAUGGCUGAAUCCACCCUGUGGUGAGCACCGCGUGAUCCAGCCACCUUCCAGAAUCCUCGCCUCUGAGCUGCUUGAGAGGCUGAGGCAGCAGGACCACAAGUUUGCGGCCUACUGGGCAGGAUCAGAGGCUAGAGAGUCAACAGUGGAUGGGUGUCCGUGUGAUGAAGACCUGGAGGACCCAGUAGCUGCUCAGCCACAAAGAUGGAAGCCACUGAACAAGAGGGAUCAAGGAUGCAGGGCCAGUCCAAGGUGGAAGGCCUGGACACUCGGUGGAGUCACCAGUUCAAGUCUGUGUUGGAGGCUGAAGAAACUGGAGACCAAUGUUCAAAGGUGUAGCAAAAGCCUGCCACAGUGCUGGGAGUACAGCUGCGCACCACCACGGCCAGCGGCUGGGCUGAGAAACUUACAAGCGCCGUCUUCCACUGCAAGGCUGCGUACUGACCACACAGUUAAAGACGUCGAGGGAGGAGCCGUGCUAUCAGACCCUGCCCACUCCGCCCCCAAACGUGCCUGCUUUCUAUUCCUGUAUUGAAAAGAUUUCCCCCCUUAUUAAAUAUGAUGCUGGCUGAUUGUCACUGGCUGUCCGCAUCCACACAACACCUUGGCCUUGGGGCAGGGG